AUGAAUGCUGGGAGGCAACUGGAAGCUCUAAGCAUUAUCUGUGCGAACAAAGAUUCUAUCAAAGUGGUCAUAACGAAUGCUCAGAGAGUUGAGGGAAUUUGGGCACGUGACGUGCUUCAUUGUAUUCAAAAUACGCUCAAUUUGCCCAUUUCUUUUAUGUCAACUGAUGAUAAUAAAGUGGAGUUGGAAGAUUACACCUUUGGUGUGUAUCUUCUCAAGUCGUUCAACAAUGGUGACAUUGCUGAUCUUUUGAGAUCAGCCUCGCUCAAAGACGAAGCGGAAGUGACAAAGGUCAUGGGAUGUAUUUUCCCACAGCAGCCUUCUUCGUCACAACAACUUGUUUCUACGAGCGAGGGAACUACCGUUCCAUUAGAUGGCGGUAAUCAAAUUAGGAACGGCACAAACGUCGCUCCACCAUUGGCCACAGGCGACCGGACUAAUGAUGAAGGACAACCAAAGGCGGCCACAAAUCGAAAGAAAGAGAAAGCUUGGAAAAAGAAUGGUGAUAAUCGAGAAAAGAAGCCUAGGGUGAUAUGGACUCCAGAGCUGCACGAGAAGUUUUUGAUGGCUUUGGAUGGCAUAUUUCCUAGUUCUAAAGCUGUGCCAAAAAAGAUAUGCGAAUUUAUGAACGUUCCGGGAUUGACUAGGGAACAUGUUGCUAGCCACCUACAGGCGAGUCCUCUAAUUAGUUUGUUUCAAUUAAGUUCAUGUAUUAAAUACCGUCUUUUCAAGAAAAAAUAUGAACAACAAAGGGCAAGAGAAGCAGCUGCUGCCAACAAUGAAGGCUCAAAUCCAGAAAACCAACAACAAGUUGGACAACAGUUACAGGGAGCUGCUGGAAGCUCUCAAUUGACAAAUUUGGCAUAUACAUUUGGAAUGUCACAACUUCUGCAUCGCCCUUUAGGCCUCAAUUCUGCUGCCGGCUCGAUAGACAGACAGCCAAGCUGGAGAAGCUCAAGUUUUCCACCAGGAUACAAUGUGGGAUCAUCAGUGCCUUUGUAUAAUCAAAAUGCAACAUCACUGAAUCCGUCACAAGGGUUUCAGAGAAGCAGCUUUUCGCCGCUUUCAGUUCCACUGAGACAAGGCCAUAAUAGCCUCAGUACCUUUAAUCCGAUGAUGAGAAGAACUUAUGUUGGGCUCAGAUUGUCAGAUGUUGUUGGAAGAAGCAUUGAGUCAGGGCAUCCAGAUGCUCCGAAUAGGAUUGGAAUCGGAAAUGGAUCAUCAUCACCCCCCAAGAACAAGUCUGAAAAUCAGGAGAAUCAAAGAUUAUCAAGUACUACUACUAUUGUGCAGCCGCCAGAUGAUCAUUCAUUCCAGAAUCAGAAUGCAGACAUUAAUACUGACCACAUUUCUUAUCAGGCCGGGUUCCCACUGCUGAUGUCCCACCCGAAUAACACGAUGCCUGUGGAUCCUUCACUGCAGAAUCCAAGCCUGGUUGGAAAUGAGGAAGAAAUUCAUAUUGGACAAGCUUCAGGACAAGGGAAUUCCAUCAUCUUGCCUCCUCUGCAGCAGCAAUCUUUUGCACCUCAAUACGAAACCGGGAUUGCAUUCUCAUGGGGAAUGUCAGUUCCGAAUACACAGAGCCCAAUCCCUGGAAUGCAACAACCAGCUUCAUUUCAAUUCAAUCCUCCUAUAUAUGGUGAUUCUAUACAAGUUCACACUAUGCCUAUGACUAACAUUCUUGAUGUCCAAGCACAAACCACAAUGUCAUUACUAUCAGGGCAUAAUCAUAUGGUUGGGUAUCAUUCUGCACUGCUUUCUGCACCAUUCCCUCCUGGACAACAGGAAAACAUGGCGCCUUCGUUUGCUGAGAGUUCAGGCCAUGGUGGUUCAUUUCGAGAAUUACUUGCUUCAGGUUCAGAACAACAAAACAUGGUGAACUUUGCUGGAAAUUCAGGGAUUGGUACUUCAUUCCAGGGAUUACUUGCUUCAGAAUUGCCUUUUGCAGAACAGGAAACCAAAGCGACUUUUUCAGAAAACUCGGGGCAUGGUGCUGCUUCAUUCCAACAAACACUUGCAUCAGGGAAUUCAGGGGAGGGAAGUGCAAUCCAGGCCACUUUGCCAUCAGGCCAAAGUAAUGUACAUCAAGAAGAAUCUGCUGUUCCACCAGCUCCAGAAGAUGUUGAUAGCAACUGGAUGGAAGAAAACUUUCCGUUUCUGAAUGACACCGGAAGCCCGCCUCGCUUGGAUGAUGAAUUUUUCAAUCGAAACAGAUGA